GACAGAAACGAAAACCCACAUCCAACAGCACACGGCGCGCUCGGCAGCACGCUCAAUCUUGUUUUGCGCGUUACAAAGCGAACACAGCGUGUGUUUUUCCUCCGUGUCACUCACCGCUGCUGAAAACGCGCCAUAAAAAUUGUGUGCAGCACACUCGGUGCAAACUUUUGUUUGUUGUGUGGAAACGCUUUCCUUGUCGAGUGGAAGCCCUGUUCGUUAGCUCCUUGCAUCAGGAAAAAUCCAAGCAGCCCGUGUUUGUGAUAAGUGUUUGAAACGGAAGAUUAAAGUGAUUAGAAGAAAGAAGCCCCUCAGAGAGAACUGAAAUUCAAAUUUUGCUUCCAAGUCGAGCGGCUAGCUUGUGUGAACGUGUGUAUGUGUGUAUGUUUGUGCUUGGCUUUUGUUGCCUGUAUAAUAUAGGCUGGCUUUUGAGCCACUUUGGUCUGCUUGUGCCUGGUGAACAACCUCGAUCGAACCGUGCGUCGUGGUGUGUGGUGCAUUAGAGAGAUAGCUGAAGAAAAGCAAAGGAAAAGCCCAUCAUCCUCCUCACGCCCGCACGCCGUUUGUGUGUGCGUAUGAGUGUGUGUGUUUAGGUCGGUCAUACAGAAGGGGAAAGCGAGGAAAAUUACUUACCCCUCGCGCCGUCGGGCAGAGCCAGCAAUCGCAGCAGCAUCGGAUUCAGCUACAAUUCCACUUGGCAGGAACGGUUCCGGAAUUGAGAAGAAGAAAUCAGAUAAGCGUAUCCGGCUCGAAGGACCAAAACAAGCAACUUUCGCUACAUAUCCAACGUGUGGGUGAACACACAGUCUCUCUCCGUGUGUGCGUGUGAGAGUGUGGCGUUACGAAGGACAUCCCGCCCUCCCCCAACAUAUUAUCAAGUGCAACAGUGGCAGCAGGUUUGCUGGCAACGGUCGCAAAGCUGGAUUACAAAAUGCUGAUGCAGGUUUCCCCGGAUGCGGCCGAUGCCGCACUGGCGCUGGUGCAGUCGGGCGGCACCGGCACGACGACGACCACGUCCUCCUCCCAGAGCAGCCAGAAGGACACGACCUGGACGAAGCUGUUCGUGGGCGGGCUGCCGUACCACACGACCGACAAGAGCCUGCGGGAGCACUUUAGCGUGUACGGCGAUAUCGAGGAGGCCGUUGUGAUAACCGACCGCACCACCAGCAAAAGCCGCGGCUACGGAUUCGUGAUUAUGGGCGACAGACUGAGUGCUGAGCGUGCCUGCAAGGAGCCGAACCCGAUCAUCGACGGCAGGAAAGCGAACGUGAACCUAGCGAUACUGGGCGCCAAACCGCGGGGCAACGCAUCACAGGGUUACCAGUUCGCCACGACAGGACUGCGGACGGCCGGCUACCCAGUGAUACCGGGCCAGUACGGAGUGCCACCGUCUUACAUUUACGGCACACCGUACCUAGGCACGGCGGGCGGUUCGACCGGAGCGGGCGCAACCGCCUCCGGACUGGUGCCGAUCCCUGCCACCCAGCUGUCGCACGCAGCCGCCAUCGCGGCCGCCACUAGUCAAUUCUACGAGUACCAGAAUGCGGUAGCAGCAGCCGCCGCCGCACCGUAUCCGGGCCAGUACAGUACAGGGUUCGAUGCGUAUCCCUAUGGAUCCGGUGCCUCAGCUGCCGGAGCUGCGGCUGCCGCCGCCCAGUACAUGGCCGGACCGUACACGUACGCCACGCUGCCGCAAGCAGGAGCUGCCGCCGCCGCCGCUGCUGCCGCGGCGGGUGCAUUUCCCGGCCUGUCGCCCUAUCAGAACGCGACCGGUGCUUCGCUCCAGGAGGCUAGACUGCAAUAAUAUUUACUACCGCAAGCGCUGAUGCUGUCGCUGCUCGGCGAUGGCGUCGGUGGCGUCAACGAGAAGCGCUCGUAACUCGCGACGAAUGCGCGCCUUCCGCUGCGCCAACGCAGCGAGGAGUUGGGAGAUGGUUUAGUUUGUAGUGUCCGCUGCCUAGCCAAAAAACAUAAAAAAGAAAAA